GAUAUUAUAUUAUCAGUUCGGUGAGUGUCGCAGAGCGAACAAGACGCACAAUGCCUCUUAACAAGAAUGGUCUGAAAAUUGUACAAGUUGAUGUCAAAGAUGUACGGUUUCCCACUUCUUUGGGAGGCCAUGGAUCUGAUGCGUUGCACACAGACCCGAACUACUCAUGUGCCUACGUCACGACGACCACAGAGAGCGGGAAACGGGGCUUCGGCCUGACGUUCACAUGCGGCCGAGGGACCGAGAUUAUCGUCCUCACAGUGCGAGCCAUGAAAAGGUUCAUCGUGGGCCGAAAUGCGGCGGACAUCUUUGCUGACUUCGCAACUUUCUGGCGUCAAAUCACUAACGACUCGCAGAUGAGAUGGAUCGGUCCCGAAAAAGGUGUAGCUCAUUUGGCGGUGGCGGCCAUUUUGAAUUCUCUGUGGGACCUGUGGGCGCGGCUGGAGAACAAGCCGCUUUGGAGACUGCUCGCUGACAUGGAGCCUGAAGAGUUGGUGUCGACCAUAGACUUUCGUUACAUCACAGAUGUGAUAACCAAAGAAGAAGCUAUACAGAUGCUCAGAGAUAAGAGGUCAGGGAAAGAGCAAAGAAUAAAGACAUUAUUGGACAAAGGCUAUCCUGCCUAUACGACGCAAGUUGGUUGGCUGGGCUACAGCGACGAAUUGGUAGAGCAACUGUGCAAGAAGUACCUCAGCAUGGGCUUCACACACUUCAAGGUGAAGGUCGGACUCAACUUGGAGGAUGACUACAGACGGUGCAGCGCCGUCAGAAGAUGCAUCGGAGAUGAUAAAUACUUGAUGGUGGACGCGAACCAAGCUUGGAGCGUGAACGAGGCUAUAGAGUGGAUGAAGGCGCUGGCGCCGCUGCGGCCGAUAUGGAUAGAGGAGCCAACUUCACCCGAUGACGUGCUCGGACACGCUACUAUCGCUAAAGCACUUGAACCAUACGGCAUCGGCGUGGCGACGGGCGAGAUGUGCGCGAACCGCGUGAUGUUCAAACAGUUCCUACAGAGCGGCGGCAUGCAGUACUGCCAGAUCGACUCUGCGCGCAUCGGCGGCGUCAACGAGAUACUAGCUGUUUAUCUCAUGGCUGAGAAACUUAAAGUAAAAGUAUGUCCGCACGCGGGCGGUGUUGGUCUGUGCGAGAUGGUGCAGCACCUCCAGUACUGGGACUACGCCGCGCUGUCCGCGACCAUGGAUGACCGACUGAUCGAGUACGUCGACCAACAACAUGAGCAUUUCACUGAUCCCUGCGUUGUGAAUAAUGCACGGUAUAUGGCACCGAUGAAACCCGGCUACAGCACUCAGUUUUUGCCUGGAGUACUGGAAAAGUUCUCUUAUCCACAUGGAACUAAAUGGCAAAAGAUGAUCAAAGAAGGACUAUUCCCUGCGCCCGACGAGGCAGAGUUAGUUAAUUAGGAUAUGGUUAUAAAUUAAAAAUACAUAAAUAUAUUUA